AUGUCGGCCGUGGUGGCGCAGCCCGUGGCCGUUCUCGGCUGCCGGCCGGGGGUCGCCGGCGGCGUCUGCUUCUUGGAGGAUCAGGUCGUGCUGCACGUGGUGGGGGCGGGCUGCGUACAGCUCCACCUCAAGCAGAAGUGGCACAAGUUCAUCCCAGGCAUCGAGAAGACCCGGGGCGUGCAGACGAUGGCCAUAAGCCCCGACCGGCGGUACCUGGCAGCCGCAGAGACGGUAGCGGAUCAGCCGGUGCUGACGGUCUACGACCUGUCGUCGGUGCCGGCGCGGCGGCGGAGGACGCUGUCUGCCGCCGAGCUGCCGGAGCGUAUAGCGGUGUCUCUGGCCUUCUCCCCCGACUGUCAGUACCUGGCUGCAGCCACGGCGCCCCCCGAGGGGCACCUCACCUUCUGGCUCUGGGAGAAGCAGCGGCUGAUGGCUGCCAUCCGCCUCGAGGUCCCGGGCAGCAGCGUCUGCCAGGUGAGUUUUAGUCCUCAAGACAAUGCACAGGUUUGUUUCACCGGAAAUGGCUUUUUUAAACUUUUUAAGUACAGUGAAGGAACUUUGAAGCAGAUGAAUUUAAAAAAGGGAAUGCCACAAAACUACUUGUGCCAUACCUGGCUGUCCAAGGAGGAAGUUAUAUGCGGUACUGACACAGGCAAACUUAUCUUGUUUGAAACUGGAGAUCUGCUCUGGGAGACAAGUGUAGAGUACAGAAAACCACACAGGGAAUUAGAAGAAGAUGCGACAACAGAAUAUGAGUGGUAAGUCUGUUAAAUACUAAUAAUUUCAUGCUUGUUCAUGCAGAUUAGUUGCAGGUCAUUCACUUAUUUCCUUCUUGUCCAGUUUGUGAAUAAUAUUUUGAUUGCUGCUGAUAAACAUUUUUUUGUUUGUCCUUCAGUAUUCUUAUGUCUUUAUGCAUUUCCUGCUUGCAUUUUUUCUGUUAGUUCCAGUGUUGAUAAUGGUUCACAACAGGAUUCUUUGCCUCAAAUAUCUGCAAUUGCAGCUUAUUCCAAAGGAUUUGCAUGUUCAUCUAGCCCAGGAAUUGUUCUGCUAUUUGAGAAGACCAGGGGAAAGGAACUCUACGAGGAGAGUCAAGAAAUCUGGCUUCCUAAGGACCAGUUCAGCAGUGAUCCAAAAAAGUCAGGCAGACAGAACAUUAUAUGUAUAUGCUUCAGCCCCUCAGAGGAAACAAUGGUUGUUAACACACAUAAGAAUCAGCUUUACAUGUUUACUAUGCUCACCACUGAUUUCAUGAAGGAGAGGAUUGCUUAUUUUAAAUAUCUGACUUUCCCAUUGCAUUCUGCUUCCAUUACUGGUCUGGACAUCUGUGUUUGGAAAUCCAUUCUUGCCACUUGUUCCCUGGAUAGAUCUGUCCGCAUCUGGAAUUACCAGACAAACACUUUGGAGCUGUAUAAGGAAUACUGGGAGGAAGCAUACACAGUAUCACUUCAUCCCACUGGCCUUUUCUGUUUGGUUGGAUUUUCUGACAAGCUACGAUUUAUAAGUCUACUGUAUGAGGACAUGCAUGUCUUCAAGGAGCUUGCUGUGAUAAAGUGUAGAGAGUGUUCAUUCAGUAGCAGAGGACAUCUUUUUGCUGCAGUUAAUGGAAAUGUCAUUGAAAUUUAUUCCAGCAUCACCUUUGAGAAUAUUAAUAAUCUGAAAGGACAUAGUGGGAAGAUACGUUCAGUUAAGUGGAGUGCAGAUGAUACUAAAUUUAUCUCCUGUGACACACAUGGUGCUGUGUAUGAGUGGAACUUGUCAACAGGUGAAAGGGAGACAGAUUGUGUGCUCAAGUCCUGCAGGUACAGCAGCAUUGACCUGUCUUCUGAUGCCAAAGUCAUCUUUGCUGUUGGAUCUGACCAAACUCUCAAAGAAAUUUCAGAGUCUUCGAUCCAGCAUGAAGUGCCUGCUUUUGAUGUUGUUUAUACUGCAGUAGCUGUUUCUCAUUCUGGGCACACGGUAUUUGUUGGUACGUCUCUGGGGACAAUUCGAGCUAUGAAGUACCCAUUACCUUUGACAACGGAUUUCAAUGAGUAUCAGGCCCAUGCGGGUGCUGUUACAAAGAUGUCCAUAACAAAUGAUGACCAAUUUCUGUUGACUGCCUCAGAGGAUGGCUCUAUAUUUAUCUGGAAAGUCUACGAGAAAGGAGGUGGGAUAGUGAAAUGGCAGAAGGAAGCUGAGUAUGCUGAGGAAGUGUUGAUCCUGAGGUCAGAUAUAAAAGAGAAGAGUCAGGCAAUGCUGGACCUGCAGAUUCGUGAGAAAGAGCUACAGACAGAAAAGUAUUACCAACUAAGUCUCAAGGACAUGUACUAUAAUGAAAAAAUAAAGGAAUUAGAAGAUAAUUUCACUCAGGAAAUAAGUUCCCUUAAAACCAAACACCAGAAUUUACAGAGAGAGAAAGAAAACCAGGAACAACAACACCAGCUGCAAGUGUCUGAGCUGAUGGAUAAACAGGCCAGGGAGAUGCAAAAGCUAGAAUCUGACAGUAAUCAGAAACUCUUAAUGGAAAAUGAGAAAUACCAGGAGAUGCAUGAGAAAUACCAAAAGAUGCAGGAGGAAUAUGAGAAACAACUACACAGCUUGGAAGAACGCAAAAGCAAGGCUGUGAAGGAACUAACAGCAUACUAUGAGGAAAAACUUAAUGAGAAAUCUGUUCUGCUGAAAGAGACAGAGGAGGAUAUGAGGCAGCAGCUUCGAGCACAUGAAGAAAUUAAGAAACAGAUUUAUGAAGAUGAAGACCAAGAAAUCAUGGAAAUCAAAAUUAAGUAUGAGCGACAACUCUGGGAAGAAAAGCAGUCCAACAUGCAACUGAAAGGAGAAAUUGGAGUCAUGAAUAAAAGGUUGAACAGCCUACAGAAAGAGCUCAAAGAGCGGAACAGGUGCAUUGAGGAAAUGAAAUUGGCACAGCAGAAGCUGCAACGCUUCACUAAGUCACUGGAAGAUGACAUCUUGUCACUGAAGAAUGAUAUUCAAGAGAGAACUGUCACUAUCCAAGACAAGGAGAAGCAUAUAUAUGACCUAAAAAAGAAAAACCAGGAAGUGGAAAAGUGCAAGUUUGUACUGGAUCACAGAAUAGCGGAGUUGAAGAAGCUAAUAGAGGCACGUGGAAAUGAUGUUAAAAUAAUGAAGAAGCAGAUCUAUGAGACGGAGGGCGAGCUGGAACGAUUCCACAAGGAGAGCACACAGCUGAAGCUGAACGUCACGCAACUGCAACAGAAACUAAAGGCAACUGACAAUGAGAUGCAUAGGGAGAGGCAGAAGAAGCAAAAUAUGGAAGCUCUCAUCAAACGAUUUAAAGCAGACCUUCAUAAUUGUGCGGGCUUCAUUCAGGAACCGAAAAAGCUGAAGAAUGGGAUCCGUGAGCUCUACACCAAGUAUGUGCAAGAAUCAGACUUGGAGGAGACUGAAACGGCACAAAAAGAUUUGCAGCCCGAGUGCAUGAGACAGAGAGAGUACCUCGAGAGGAGUUUGGAAGCUUUAAAAAAGAAGUUGGUGAAGAAUCAGGAAACUCACCGAGGUGCUUACUUGCGCAUUAUGCAGGAAAACAUGUGUCUGAUUAAGGAAAUUAAUGACUUGCGGCAAGAACUGAAGGCAGCCCUCACCCAGCUACAUCACCUCAAGUCAACACUGAAAUUAACCAAGAAAAGAGAAGCAAUUCAAGACAUAGCUCCCCCAAGUGAACCGCUGCCCAGCCCAGCUGUCCUGAGGUUGAAUGCAGAAAAGGAAAAUGAGAAAAUCAUAGAAAUGCAGCAGCUAGAAAUUCAGUACCUGCGAAACCAAAUCCAGGAGAGGGGGCAAAGCCGUGCAGUUCAGCUUCCUGAGCUGAAUCUGGAAGAAAGUCACAAGGCACAGCAACAGUGAUCUAGUUCAAGCAUGUCUUACAUUAUUGUAUCAUCCUGGCAACAUCAGAAAUGCAGCAGCAUAGAUUAGACUUCUGUGAUUCUAUACUCUUUCCAUUAGAAGCAUUCGUGCAGCACUCACUACUCUGAACGCAAGGCAACAACUUCACUCCUUCCCCUUCUACUUUCCUGGAAUCUUCCCUUUCCAUGAGGCCAAGGAGCCAAGAGAAAAAGAAUAAAUUUGUGUUAGUGCAAAACUGA